AACGCGCGAUCAUGGAGCCGCCCGCCCUGACCGUGAGCGCCGCGGUCCGGGAGCACCUGCGGAAGUUGUGUCUGCACGAGUUCCCGUGCGGCACGGGCAGCUGGAAUAAGUCGCGCUUUCUUCCCCAAACUUGCCGAGCAUGGCGGGAGCUGAUCCCCAGAGAGGAGGACGCUGUGGGCCCCGGGGAGGAGACGGUGGAUGCCCUCCUGGGCCUGGUCUGCAGCCCCCACUCACCCUGGGCCCUGCUGGAGGGCUCAAGCGCUGAGGACCGUUUUCUGAGAGAGCUGGCCGUCCAGAAUCCCCUGGUGCUCAAAGACAGCUUCUUCUACACCUACUUCAGGUCGCUACGGGUGGUGGACAAACAGGUGAGCCUGGUGGACAAAGACCUCCUGAAAUUUGUGAAGCUUGAAGAGUUGGUGCUGAGUGCUAAUCAAAUCAAGGAGAUUGACACCACCAACCUGCCCCCAACUCUCAAGGUGCUGGAGCUCUACGGCAACAAGAUGACCAGCAUGGAGUGUCUGUGCACCCGCCCGCCCCCAAGGCUCCAGCACUUGGGGUUGGGUCACAACAAGCUUCUGGGCCCCCUGGAGAGUGUAUACGUCACCAGUGAUUACUGGCCCAACCUCGUCUCCCUGGACCUGAGCUUCAACGACCUGACGGACCUGCAGGGCAUGGUGGCCGGCCUCCGAACGCGGCGGCACCUGAGGUUGCUGGUGCUGAAGGGGAACCCGCUGGCCCUGGUGCCCUGCUACCGGGGCUUCGUCAUCGACAGCCUGUCCGGGCUCUGCGUGCUGGACGACAUCACCGUGGCAUCCAGCGAGAAGCAUCUGUUCCGAGGGCUCAGCCACAGUGGGGAUCUCCUGGCGCAUGAGGCGCGGUUAGUGGUGACUGUUGGACAUGUCAGAGGGGUUCUGGACUCCUCGGUCUUGGACCCGGAACCAGGGCCCCAAGGCCCUUUCAUCGCUUACAGCUAUUAUGUAACGUACGAGUUUGUGGAAGAUGAGGAAGGCGAAGGAAAUGAAUACGGCCGCGUUCUGGCUGAGAUCGUCAAGCCCUCUCCCAGCACGGAACAGCUGGGUGAGGACAUUCCCAAAGAGCCCGUCAAAGAGGCUGAAGACUCCGUAGAGUCUGGGCUGGCCUCCCAGUCCCGGUCCGGGGAACUGGCGGUGUCUGUCGUCUCCGGCGCCUCUGCACCCUUGCCGCGGUCCAUAGACUCUGCAGAAGAGCUGGCCAAGCUGCGGCCGCGCCUGGAUCCCCGGCUCUGCCCGUCCCCGGGGACAGUUCUCUUUAGCACAGUCCGCAAGCCCUGGUCUGACGUCAUCCCCUGCGACUACAAGAUGCAGCACACGCUCAAGGACCUGGUGCUGCUCAAGGCCUUCCUGCUCUCAGGGACCACCGUCACCAUCGUGGAGGAGAAGAUUCUCUCCUGGCCUGCGGUGCCACCUUCCCCCAGCAAUCCCUCGGCUGCUGAGAAGGGAAAGGGAGAGAAGGACAAGAAAGGGAAGAAGAAAGACAAGGAAGAGAAAGACAAGAAGGGAAACGAUGGGAAAGACAAAGCGGGCAAAGGGGAGAAAGAACCAGCCAAGGAGCAGAAGGGGAGCAAGAAGAAGAAGGAGCUUCGUCAGGACCUGCGCCAGGACCCGCCCGUCCUCCGGGUGCUGGGCAGUGGCCCGGUGGUCCUGGAGCCCCUGCUCUCCGGAGAGCCAUUCGUGUCCACCGUGUGCAACUUUGGGGUGGUCCGUACCUUGGAGACCGACAGGCUGACGCUUUACAGGGAUUCAAAGAAGAAUAAGAGUAAGAAAGCUAAAAAAGCGUGGGUGGCUUGUAAACAACAGACAUUUGUUUCCAGCUGCUCUGGAGGCCAGGAGGUCCAAGACCACGUUGCCAGCAGCAUCAGUGUACGAAAGCGACUACCGCCCCGACCCCCUGACGGUGGAGAUCCAGAUCCAGCUGAUCCAGGGCCGCUCGACGGAGGAGGCGCUUCGGGGGCUCGUCCCGUAGGGCGCGGGAUUAAAGGCCCUGCCAUGCUCCACAGGGUAGGCUGGCUGGUCCUGUACAGCCUUGCUGUGCUGCUGCUCAGCUGCCUGUUCUUCCUGAAGAAGGCGGCCCACCCAGCGGGUGGCCCCACGGCCCGACAGCCCUUCUGGGCUCCCCCAGGGCCCCGGCGCAGCCAGUGUCCGCCCAACCACACGGUGGCUAAUGCCUCCCUGUUCCUGCCUAACCGUCACCGCCUCUUCUUGACCUAUCGCCACUGCCGCAACUUCUCCAUCUUGCUGGAGCCUUCGGGCUGUGCCGAGGACACCUUUCUGCUCCUGGCCAUCAAGUCACAGCCUGGCCACGUGGAGCGGCGGGCGGCCAUCCGCAGCACGUGGGGCCGGGCAGGAAGCUGGGCUAAGGGCCGGCAGCUGAAGCUGGUGUUCCUCCUGGGGGUGGCAGGAUCUGCGCCCCCAGCCCAGCUGCUGGCCUACGAGAGUCGGGAGUUUGAUGAUAUCCUACAGUGGGACUUUGCUGAGGACUUUUUCAACCUGACACUCAAGGAGCUGCACUUGCAGCGCUGGGUGGCAGCUGCCUGUUCCCAGGCCCAUUUCAUGCUAAAGGGAGAUGACGAUGUCUUUGUCCAUGUCCCCAAUGUGCUGGAGUUCCUGGAUGGCUGGGACCCAGCCCAGGACCUACUGGUGGGAGAUGUCAUCCGCCAGGCCCUGCCCAACAGGAACACCAAGGUCAAAUAUUUCAUCCCACCCUCCAUGUAUAGGGCCCGCCACUACCCACCCUAUGCUGGGGGUGGAGGGUAUGUCAUGUCCAGAGCCACUGUGCAGCACCUCCAAGCAGCCGUGGAAGAGGCUGAACUCUUCCCCAUUGAUGACGUCUUUGUGGGGAUGUGCCUGAAAAAGCUGGGGGUGAGCCCCAUGCACCAUGCUGGCUUCAAGACAUUUGGAAUACGGCGACCCCUGGACCCUCUGGACCCCUGCCUGUACAGAGGGCUCCUUCUGGUGCACCGCCUCAGCCCCCUGGAGAUGUGGACCAUGUGGGCACUCGUAACAGAUGAGGGGCUCAAGUGUGCAGCUGCCCCCUUGUCCCAGCUUCGAGGGGUGGGUUGAGCGAGUAGACUGUUAAUUUUGCAAUCGUGAUGAGAAAUCGAGAACCCUGAAACUUGGCCCGUGAUGGGUCUACAAGAAAUGCUGACUUUGUUUUUGUAACCCCCUCCCAAACCUUGCUAACUCUGAUUAAAACACUGAAACCUG